AGGAGGGAGAAAAGAGUGGAUGAAGAAGUGGAGGAAGAGGAGGGCGGGGAGCAGAGCUCUCUCUCUCUCCCUCUCUCUCUCUAAGAGCAUUAACUGUAGAGCGUUCUGGUGGUGACAGGGCUGUCAGGGUCAGAUGGCUGCUCAGCCUGAUUAGACCAGCUCACAGCAGAUCCUCAGCCCGACACGCUGCUGCAGCGAGGCACAGCUACAAACUGGGGCGUGCGGGACGUCUCAGGCGUAACUGAGAAGCUCCAGACGGGACAGGCGGGGGUGGAAAGCAGUGUUGUAGCGGAGCAGAGCUACAGGUUAUAAACUUUCACUGGAUUUUUCAACUUCUCGCAGCACGAGACAGAAAGCAGGUGGACUUUCACGAGGGAAAAAGAGAAACCAGAACUCGUUAAUUUCAGGCUUGGAGAUGACACUAAAGAACUAAAGCGAACCGGUGGUUGAUGGAGUUUGUGCGGCGGAGUGGUGACUACUGCCACGCCCAACACAUUUAGACCCCGUCUGGGAUGAAGCUGCGCCAUGCAGUGCUGGGACCAUGAACCCUGAAAGACCACUGGCCUUCAGCCUCUGAACCUGCCAGCUCAUGGGGUAACAAGUGGAGCCUUGACACUGGAAGCUAACUGGAGAGAGCAGAAAGGAGAAGGACGCGAUCAAAACAAAGAGACAGCUGACAACUGUGGCCUCCCGGACUAUAGGACAUAGCCAACUGAUGGGAUAGCAGUCAAGAGAAGAGCACCUUAUAACUGGGAAAACACUUUAAACUUUUAUAAAAAAACAGGAAGGACAGACUCACCUGGAGAUCUGAUAUACGUUGAAGGAACAGGAGCUGACAGCAGUUCUAUGUCUGUACAGAUGUACAUUUCUUCCUGUCUGUGAGCUCUCGACGAACAACUAACUGCUAAACCUUAAAGGCCAUAGAUCCUCGAGGGAGGUCGAAGGUCACGUUGGCCACCAUGAACCGUCCGGCUCCUGUGGAACUGUGCCACAAGAACAUGAGAUUCCUCAUCACACACAACCCCACAGACAGCACGCUCAACUCCUUCAUAGAGGAUCUGAAGCGGUACGGCGUCACAACCGUGGUACGAGUGUGUGACGUCACCUACGACAAAGCACCUCUUGAAAAAGAUGGCAUUAAUGUGGUGGAUUGGCGCUUUGAUGAUGGAGCUCCGCCACCCAGUAAGCUGGUUGAUGACUGGCUGAGUCUGCUGAAGAAGAAGUUUCAGGAGGAUCCAGGAAGCUGUGUGGCUGUUCACUGUGUGGCUGGACUGGGGAGGGCUCCUGUGCUGGUCGCUUUGGCUCUGAUAGAGAGUGGGAUGAAGUAUGAAGAUGCUAUUCAACUCAUCAGAGAGAAGCGUCGCGGAGCCAUCAACAGUAAACAGCUAACCUACCUGGAGAAGUAUCGAUCGAAGCAGAGACUCCGUUUCAAAGACUCUCACACACCCAAGAACAAGUGCUGCACCAUGUGAACGCACACGAAGACAAAAAGACACCCACACACACACACAUCCAGACUCCUCCUACCCUUCAGCGAAUUUCUCAGGAAUCCCACUGUGAAAGCCUUGAGUCAUCAUCCCAAACACUGAGAUACUAAACCUCCUCUACGUCCACUUGUAUCCAGGAAGUUUCGCUUUUGCAGAAACGUCACCAUGCUUUGAUGAUUGAUUGAUUAUUUUGUUGGCAUGUUUACUUCAUUUAUUUUAAGUAACAGUGAGCGAAGAUGGGAAAAGAUGAGCGAAGGAGAGAAAAUCCCAUAUAAAAACCCAUUGUUGAUGCUGCGUGAGUUAUAACGGGUGUAUGACUCAUGUUGAAAUUUAAAAAAAAUUCACAUGCGAGCCCGUUGGGAACAACAUAACAGAUUUAGUGUGGGACUGAUGCACAGGUUGUUCUUUAACACCUUAAACCUGACAUGACCUCUAUGUUUAAACUUAAUCAGGGUAUAAAAUUACACUCAGGAUAUUUUUAAGUGAAAACUGUCAGAGACACGUGACACGGGAAUAAAAUUAAGUAAGGACUCAGUUCGUCCCCUUUAAAUUACUGUCAAGAUUCACCUUCUCAUUUACAUUAGUCCUGCUGCUGUCUUUUCUCUGUAUAGCUGGACAUUAAGGCUCAUCUCAAGCCAACAUUUUCUGACCUUCGGCUACGCUAUGAUUGAAACAUUCUGCGUGAAGCAUUUUGGUGAACAUAAACCCUCCGUUUAGUUUGGUUGCAGACACCUUUUCAAUAUUACUUGAUAUAUUGUGUUCACAUAACAUGUUUACAUAUCUGUGUGUGCAGUAAGUUGUAUUACGUUGUGUUUUGUUUACUGACACACUAUCAAAUUUCUCUAAAAAAAGGAAAUUCCAACAGGAUCGUGAAUGUUUCGUGUCACAACAUACCGACAAUUACAUUGACUAAUUACAAUUUAUUAGCUUGAGAAAUAAGUGAACGGCGACACAGGUUUUACCUUAGCACAAAUAUUGCUGCGCAUCAUGGCACUGUUUAGUCUAGGUCACAGCUUUCUUACACAUAUAGGAGUGUUUACUUCAUUUGUAUUGUUCCUGAAUGAAGCAUGUAAACAACUAUUUCUGACUUUUACUGCAUUUAAGCUUUGUUGCUGGUAAUAGAGCAUGCACUUUCUAUUUGUAACCAUCCACGCUAUAUAUAUAUCUGCUUAAUCUGAUCUGACGUCCUGGACAAAAAUUUGGAAAAUCAGAGGGUUUGAGAGUGAAAUGAAGAAACAAAAGAGAUUAACAGAGGGUCGAAAGAGAAGAGAGGAGCUAACAUCUGUACCUGAAACGUGUUUGUUCAUAUAAUGUGUGCGCAUGUGUUUGUUUGAGUGUGCGUGUGUGGCAGUCUUUGGUAGAUAUUUUUUUGGGGAAAAUGGCCUGAGCUGUAAUUUUUUAAUGUAAAAAAACAUCAUGCUGUAAAUGUCUGUCUAUACAUCUUUGCGUUGUUUAAUAAAGGUUUGUCAUUGUCCCUAUAA